UACUUUUGAAUUUCAGAUAAAAACCAUUAGGUGAUCGGAUCUUCACUAUUUACAUGCCCAAUUCCUCCGGCAAUUGUAUUCCCAAGCCAUGACAGAUAAACCACCGCCACUGAAGCCACCGCUUUUUUCCCAAGACUGGGAGUCUCUAAUCGACGACUUUCAGCAAGGCGGUGCUCGCCUCCACAAAUGGACGGCGGCCACUCACUCCCUCCCUUCUCUCCUCGACCACGCCCUCUCAUCUCUCCUUAAAAAAGACUUCCCUCUCAAAAUCCCUCUCCUUAUCUUCCUCGAAGAAUUCUCCGAUACAUUUUUCACUGAUGAAUCCCAAUUGGACCGUCUCCUCGACGCUCUCCGUGCUGUUGUUCAAGCUCCUCUCGAUGGGAUCGCUAUUACUUUUCUCUUCAAAGAGCAGUUCAUGGUCUCUACCACUUCCAUUUUCAUUUCCAUCGACGCGCUCAAUAAAUUCCACGCGCGGUUCACUGAGGGUUUGGUUGAGCUGCUUCUCACUGUUAUUCAUCGUCCUAACCACGGCCUUGAUCGACAGACACGAGCUAUCGCUUGUGAGUGUCUACGCGAGAUAGAGAAGUGCUAUCCUUGUCUGCUUUCGGGUGUUGCUGGCCAUCUAUGGAGUUUGUGUCAAAGCGAGAGAACUCAUGCUUGUCAGUCUUACAUGUUGUUGUUUACUAUGGUUGUCUAUAAUAUUGUUAAUCGUAAGUUGAAUGUCUCUAUUCUGAAUACUUCGGUGCCUUUGGUUCCAUUUAAUUUGCCUCAAUGGAUGUUUAACAGUAAGGAGAUUGCGGGUGUGAAUGGUAAAGAGUUGAGAAGGGCUUUGGCGUUUUUGUUAGAUACGCGGCAGGUUUUGACCCCAUGUGGUAUGGUGGAGUUCUUGCAAAUGAUAAUGCCACUGGCUGUGGCUUUGGAACUGCAAGGUUCCAUGUUGAAAGUGCAGUUUUUUGGGUUGAUUUAUUCAUUUGAUCCAUUUUUGUGCCAUAUUGUUUUAGUCAUGUACUCCCAUUUUCUGGAUACGUUUGAUGGCCAAGAGGGAGAGAUCGUAAGGCGAUUAAUGUUGAUUUCUAAGGAAACACAACAUUAUUUGGUUUUCAGAUUGCUAGCUCUUCAUUGGUUGUUGGGUUUUAUAAGCAAACUGAUAUUGAGUGGAGAAGAUAAGAAAUAUAAAUCGGUUGCUGAUAUUUGUUUGAGAUUCUAUCCAGCUGUGUUUGAUUCACUUGCUUUGAAAGCAUUGAAGCUUGAUUUGCGUGCUUUUUGUUCCAUAUAUCUUGAUAGUUUGAAAAUAGAAGGUGGUUCUGGUGAGGAGGGCAGUGCUGCUAAUUCUGUUGUCAAGCUUUUUGCAGACGGUCUAGUUUCUGUUUCAGCUUUCAAAUGGUUACCUCCUUGGAGCACUGAAACUGCUGUUGCAUUCCGUGCCUUCCAUAAAUUUUUGAUAGGUUCUUCAUCUCAUUCUGACACUGAUUCUUCUACUACUAGAACCCUCAUGAACUCUGUAAUCUUUCGUACUCUACAGGGGAUGUUGGUGGGGAUGACAUUGGAUUUUGUAAGGCUGGUUCCUGUUGUCAUUUCUUUCAUUGAGCGUUUAUUAGGCUGCGAAAAGCAUCGGUGGUUGGGAGAACGCCUGCUUCAGAUGCUUGAUGAGUAUUUGCUUCUAAAAGUCAAAAUAGAUUAUAAAUUGGUUUCUUACUUCCCAAUAUUUGACAGAAUAGCCGAAAAUGAGGCAAUACCUCCUCAGAGAUUGGUAGACCUACUUACCAAGUUUAUGGUUUUCCUUGUUAAGAAACACGGGCCCAAUACAGGGCUGAAGUCAUGGUCGCAGGGAAGUAAAGUCCUUGGCAUUUGCCGAACUAUGCUGAUGCACCACCAUAGCUCUAGAUUGUUCCUUGGGUUAUCUCACCUUCUUGCAUUUACUUGUCUUUACUUCCCUGAUUUGGAGGUUCGAGACAAUGCCAGGAUCUACAUGCGGAUGCUAAUCUGUAUACCCGGAAUGAAGCUUAAAGGCAUACUAAACUUUGGGGAGCAAUUCCUUGGAAUUUCACCAUCUACAAAUUCAAGCUCUUUCUUCAAUGUUCUAUCUCCUCGACAUCAUCAGAAUUUCAAGAAAUCUAGGAGCAUCUCAUCCUGCAUUCAUCUGGAGCGUAUGUUGCCUUUGCUUGUUAAGCAAUCCUGGUCACUGUCCUUGUCGCCUUUGGAUAUUAGUUCCAGUAAACCUAGUUAUCUGGAAAGCAUUAUGGAUAGUGAACCACAGGUUGAUUUAAGGGAGCUAGAAGUUGGUACUAAUUUUCUAGCAACCUCAAGAAAUGAAAGAACUACUCCAUUACAGGAGCCAUUACGUGUAAUGGAUUCAAAGGUUUCACAGAUCUUAGGCGUAUUAAGGAGGCACUUCUCGUGUAUUCCUGAUUUUAGGCACAUGACAGGGCUCAAGGUUAGCAUAUCCUGCAGUUUGAAGUUUGAAUCUGACUCUUUCAAUCAGUUAUGCGGGAAUAGCUCUCCAACCAGUCGGUUAGAUGGAAUAGAUGCGCUUCCUGCUUUAUAUGCAACUGUGCUAAAAUUUUCAUCAUCAGCACCAUAUGGGUCCAUCCCACCAUAUCACAUACCUUUCCUUCUUGGUGAAGCCACCAAGAAAGAUCACAUCUCCAGCCCAGAAGUUUCACUAGACAUUGUUCCUGUGGAAAAUUAUUUUGAAGAAGAGGAAAACUAUAAAGCUCGCGUUACAGUUGAUCUAGAACCACGGGAACCUACUCCUGGUUUGGUUGAUGUUUUCAUUGAAACAAAUGUGGAAAAUGGCCAGAUAAUCCGUGGUCAGCUUCAAAGUAUCACAGUAGGUAUAGAAGACAUGUUUCACAAGGCUAUUGUCCCGUCUGACAUCUCAGAAGAUGCCAUGUCAGCAUAUUAUUCAGGAUUAUUUGAUGCUCUUUGGGAGGCAUGCGGUGCUUCCACCAACAUUGGACGUGAGACGUUCCCAUUAAAAGGAGGGAAAGGUGCUGCAGCAAUCAAUGGUACCCGAUCUGUCAAGCUUCUUGAGGUUCCUGCAGACUCUCUGAUUUGUGCCAUUGAGAAGUAUUUGACACCCUUUGUGGUUUGUGUGAUCGGAGAACAGCUUGUGAACAUGGUGAAGGAUAGGGGAAUCAUCAAAGACAUUGUAUGGAAAGCUGCUGCAUCAGAUUCUUUGGUCGAUAGCACUGCCUUAGUUACUACCGAGUUCAAUAAGGGUCCACUUCAUCUGACAUACUUCAAUGAUGAAUAUGAUAGAGAAACUCAGGUAAAUGGCUACAAAAGAAUCAUGGGUUGCUUUCUCGUGUUGAUAUUUCUUCCACCAAGGUUCCAUCUUCUUUUCCAAAUGGAAGUCUCUGAUCUAUCAACGUUGGUUCGAAUUAGGACUGAUCAUUGGCCAUGCUUAGCUUAUGUCGAUGGUUAUUUGGAGGCUUUAUUUUUGACAGAAAGGUGAUCUUACAGAGGAUGAAGUCUCAUCCAGAUGACCUCUUUUGCUGCUUCUGUAAGUUAAUUGCCAAUUGGUUCUUAUUCUUUCCCCAGAUUAUUUUAACAAAAAGGAGGGUAAUUUUUUUUAACACCCGACAAAUAAACUGUUGUGUAAAUGCCUCUGCAAGUGAGUUGCUUUUUGUUGUAUUCUUUCAAUGUAUCAAAAUUUUAAGAUACCCUUUUUGUUUUUUAUGGCCUUCCAUUUUCAUUUCUGUAGCAGAAACGUCCAAGUUUCUAGUUUGUGUAAAGCUAAUUCAUUGUAUCAGUUAUGUAUUUAUUGAUUAAUUGUUGUCAUUAUUAUUUUUA